AUUUAAACUGUUGCGUUGCUGCAUUUUGCAUUUUUCAAUUUGAAUUUCUUUGCUUCGCAUUUUCUGUGUGCGUUGCGGAAUGCAAUUUUCUAUCGUACUAAUUCGUUACAUUUAGCUUAGCAGUCUUUUAGUGAACGUGAAUGCUUCGCACAUUGUAUUGCUUAGGAGCUAUUAAUUAGCAGAGAAUAAUCAAUAAAAAUGAGUGAAAAAGUGGAUGAUAGUAAAAAAACAUCGAUGACUGAGGAAGAAAGGAUAGCUCUAUGCCAUAAGCUGGAUAAAGAACUUGAUGAUUUUAUUGAUGGUUUGGAAAAAAAACGAUACACUGAGGGAUGGCCAGAGGACCGCUGGGAGGAAGAAAUGGAGAAGCAUCCUUUCUUCAUGAAGUCGACUCCAGAUAACGGUGAACUGUCCCCUCUUGCUGAGGGCCUGGCAAAGCUGAAGUUUGACCCCGCGGAGAACACACCACUGGAAUUGGCCACUAGCUAUAAGGAGGAUGGGAAUUUCAACUUUAAGCACAAGAAUUAUAGAUUGGCGAUAUUGGGGUACACAGAGGGAAUCAAAGUUAAAUCUGACGAUGCAGAAAUCAAUGCUAGCUUGUAUAACAACCGCGGGGCAGCGCAAUUUCACUUAAUGAACUACCGAUCAGCUUUGUUCGACAGUGAGCGCGCAUUGUCGUUUAACCCAGACCAUGCCAAAGCCCGUUUACGGGCAGCCAAAUCAGCACUCGCAGUCGCCAAAUACGAUACGUGUAUAGAACACUGCGAAAAGCUACUACAAACGCAAUCAAAGGAUAAAGAAUUAAUAGAACUUCUUAAUGUAGCCAAAAAGAAAAAGAUGAUUCAAGAGCGGGAUGAAAGGAAGAGAAACGUCUUGGAAGCCAAAAAAAAUGCUGAAAAACAAGCAGUUAUUAAAGCUAUUGUUGAUAGAGGAAUAAAAAUAUCUAAGUGUGAGGACGAAGACGACAUUGACCUGUCUAAGCUAGAGCCUUGUAUACCUGGUGCCCAAGAUGCAAUCGUUCGUUUGGAAGACGGCAUUUUAAAGUGGCCCGUUCUGUUAUUAUAUCCAGAGUACCAACAGACAGAUUUUAUUAGAGCGUGUCCAGAAAAUGUGCCGCUGUUAAACCAGUUGGAACAAAUAUUCCCUGCGCCUUGGGAUGACAAAAAUACAUACAGUAUUCGAAAAAUUAAUCUUUAUUACGAAAGCUCUGACAAUAUGCCACACUUGAUUGAUCCAACGAAUAAACUGGGUGACAUCUUGAAGAUGAAGCAUUAUGUAUUGAAGUCCGGUACACCAUCGUUUUUCUGCUUGUUAAAAGGCAGUCGAUAUGAAAAGAGCUAUUUGGAAAGUUAUCUUUAAAAGUAGAAUAUUUAAAAAAAAAUUAUUCAAAAAGUAAUCAACUUUAUAAAUGGGUAGCUUCUUCAUGUUAUAAUAUUUAAGGCUCGGUAUCCACCCAAGCGGAGAUGUGUUUAGCAGACCAAUCAGAUGAUGUG